GGGACCAUUGUAUACGCAAUAAGUUGGCAAUUAAGAAACUGACACAUCAUUAUAUUAUGUUAAGAAAUAGUUGAUCCCAACAAUUGUUGGAAGAGUUUCAAUCGUGGAUCAUAACCCAUUUACUAAUAAUGAAAUGACCGAACCGCAAUUUAAAUGUCUUGUUUCAGUAGAAAAUACCUCGCCAUUAAUUUUUCUAGUACAGUCUUUGGUACGGUUUCACACGACUUUUUCCUUUAUUAUCUCAUCGAAACUAUUAAAAUCGAGCUCAAUGAUUUAAGAUCGAAACAUUUCAAAUAGGCGACUAGCAACUUUAGGCUGAAACCGGCACAAAUUAUCGAUUGAUCAAAGAUGAAUAAAAUCACUUUCCAUGUGAUAUGAUGUCGAGGCUCCACGGGAGCGUUGGAAUGGUUCCCCGCCGGCGGCCCACACGGCCCCUCCGAUCAUCACCCUCCCCUUUCCACAUAAAGCAGUGAUGAGCGGAAUGGAAUGGAACGUUUCGCAUUGAUUGGCGGGGAGUGGACAGGACGCGUCGACAACCAACGCAACCACCACCAUGAUCACAACCGUUGCUUAUAUUCAUCACCGUGAAAUUAAAGCAUAUACAUGGCCGGCGGCUGUAGGACAAAACAAGACACGACGGACCCGAAGUAUACAGUAUACUAUGAAGUAUGAAGUCUUCUGUUCCAUCGAAUCGAUCAUACUACUCGGUGCUUUCAAUUUUGGGGCAUGCAAUGUAAUGUGCUACGUCAAAUCGUUGCGUUGGCCCUCCGGAAGUUAUAAGGAACAUAGAUUUUGAUGCGUGAUCAGAAAUUUGAUUAACCCUAAAAGGAAAACUACUCUGUUGGAGAUUUGGUUCAUUUAUAGGAUAAAUAGUAGAAAUUUUUGACGGUGUCAUUAAGUGGUCAACACAUGUCCGAUUCCUCCAAAACUCGAUUUAUUUAAAACAAAGUAGUCGUUGGCAUGGUAUCGAACUCUUUUAUUGAAUUGUGUAGUGUUCUCCAUAAAAAAAAUGUCUAGUAUUCAAUCUUUAAUAUUGAAAACUCAUUCAACUAAGUAAAAAUAUUAUGACGUGUAUCGGUGUGUGUACAUAUUUAAACUUGUGGUAACUGAUACAUACCGUCUUCUAGAAUACUCAAAGCACUGUAUUCUAGCCACAAACAAUAUUGAAAUGCACCUUUCACUAGAAGAGACAAAAUCGAUACGUGAAAUGGAAUCAGAACAUGAACUAAACUCCAACACAUGAUCACCGUUAACAACGGAAAAAAGAAGAACAAAAAAAUUAUAUAAUAUUACACAAACCACGAGACAAACCCACAACAGCAAAAAAAAAAAGCCCGUUAAAAAUAAAAUUACCCAAUAGACCAAAGCCCAUUUCACCACCCAAACCCAGUCCAAAAAAGGAAAAUAAAAACAUUAAAAAAAUAAAAAGUUACGCCCGUCCAUCGAAAGCAGUAGCAGAACCAGAAAGCAAUAAAUCCGAUUUCAUUAUUUGACUGCUGUUGCCCAACAAAGCUUUUCCCCAAUUUUCCACCAUCGCUUUUCGUUUCCCGAGCUCUUCCUUCCUCUUGCCUUUGUCGUCUUCUUCCACCGCUUCCGCCGUUCCAACGGCCAUUUCUUCCCCCCACCUGAAAUUCUCCUAACUAAUGCGAAUCACCUGACCGAUUUUUCGCCAAAUGGGUUGUUGUCUUAGCAGCGCAAGCAAAUCUUCUCCCCCUGUUUCUGCUACUCACCCUUCCUCCAAAAACGGCAACCGUUACGACUUCGAGCCGCCCAAGUUUCUCAAGUCAACCGCGGAAACCAGAGCUCCGCCGCCGGACUGCGACGAGGAAACCGUCAAGGAAGUCCUCUCCUCCGAAACCCCUAACCCAAAGCCUCCCCACAGGCCGCCGCCGCCGCAGCAGCAGCAUUACUCUGCCAUUCCUCCUCCCCAAUCGCCGCCAAAUCCGGUGAAUCCGGAGCCCGAGGAGCCGAUUUUACUCGAGAAGAAGGAAAUUCGAGCGCCGGUGGUGGAGAAACUAGUGGAGGAAGAGGAGAUCUCGGAGCAAGAUGCGUCGGAGGUCUGCAGCGUGAGCGUGAGCUUCAGCAUGAGCGAGAGCGCGAUGUCGACGGCGACGACGGCGAACGACGAGGAGGUCACGAUGAAGCAGAUGAAGGGAAGCAGGAGAUCUUCUCCGUCAGGGAAGAUGUCCGCGGCGAGGAUAAAUCGGGCGUUUUCGACGGCGGAUUCGAGGAAGGAGCAGCAGCGGGUGGUGGGGAGGUCACCGACCCGGCGAUCUGACCGGUCUCCGGUGAAGAGGAAUUACUCCGGCGGCGGAGGAGCUGGGCAGCAGGUGAGGAUGGUUCAUCAUCAGGGUCCGAAUCCGGGUGCGAGAAGACCGUUGCGACCCGACCCGAGUAGGAGGGAGACGGGUGACAGCUCAGCAGCGAGGAGAUCGAGAUCGCCCGCUACUACCCACAGAUCUGCAGGGGCGGCGGGUACGGGUGCGGGUAGCCGGAACGGGUCGGUCAAGAGGGCGAACCAGUCGCCGGGUCGGGUUAGGAAGGAUCCGCCUGAAAUCAGUGCCAACAGUGAGGCAACAAAAUCCGGGAACGGGGAUACCGCUUUUCAUCAUCAUCGUGGUAAUGAUGAUGAUGAUGAGAAGGAAGACGCUGCGGCAGCUAACGAGUCUCUGGAGAAUCCGCUGGUUUCGCUUGAAUGUUUCAUCUUUCUGUGAUUGCUUGGUGCAAUUAAUUAGUGACCCCACUUUUCUGUAAUCCUUUUUCUGUAAUUUAUUUACGCUUUUGAUGAUGUGAAUGAAUGAUUAAGUUGAUUGCUUUGUGUAAGGAAGAAAGGUCGUCAGGAAAGAUUGCGAUUUUGAGCAAAAGGGAAGAUGGAUUGAUGAUCAUCAUUUGGGUGGACUAUUGGGAAUGGGGAAUUUUCAGUGGGUUGAAUCGACCUUUGCUCCUAAUGAGUUAUUUGUCUACUAUGAGUUAUUGGACUGUGGAUUUUAGAAAUGAGAUAAUUUGAUUCAAUUGCAUCGAAAUCAACUCAUUUCAUAAGU